AGACAGGUUUUCUGGUCUGCACAAACAGCGCCACACCCUCUGGAAACGCACAUGUUCUCUCACCUCCACACAGGCCAGGUGCAGCAGGGAGCACAGGAAGGGGGGGUCAUUAUCUCCAUGAGGGCGGAGCAAAAGAGGAACCGUUCUGAAGGGAACAGAUGAAACAUUUGAAGCUCAUAUUGACAUGCUGCUCUGAAGGCUCCUGUGAGUCCAGCAAUGGAUGGUGUGUUGGAAGAAGCGUUGUUGUUGUGCGUAUGCAAACUGGCCUGCAGUCUCCUCUUCCUACCCUCAUUGGCUGCCUCUUACAGUCCCGUCAGCUUCUGCUGCUGCUGCCUACUGGUCUUUACCGACUUCUUGGUCACAGUUUUUCUGAGUUUCUUCUGUAUCUUGGAGUCCUGGCUGACUGAGCUGACCCCAGUAGGUGACGUCAUUGCCCUGCGCUUCCUUUUCUUUCUCAGCCACACAUACGGUGCAGUGUUGCUCCUGACCACACCUCUGAUCGCUGUGGAGACUCUGACCAGACUGCUGUGGCCUCACGCUGUUGUCCCUCACAGGACAGUGAGUCAAACAGAUGGACAACGUUGUUAUGUUGUGGAGGUAACUGUGGAAGAGGAGGAGGGCAGCAAAGACAACAAAGACAAAGAAAAGGGCUUGUCUUGUGUUGUCAGCUACCUCUGCUGCCUGUCAGUGUGGAUCGCCGUCGCCCUCAAUGUCAGGUGGCGAUGGAAACGGGAGGAAGUGUGGGCUGCUACCUGUUUGCACACAACCAACUCCCUCAUUUGGUGUUUGCCCAACCUGUUCAGCCCCAUGCCCAGCACUGUGAAUCCCUGCUGGGGCAUGGCCUUCCUCUCCCUCCUCCUGUUCCUCCUGACAACUAGCAUGGGCCUGCACAGACAACACUGGGACCCUGCACAUAUGGCAAGGACACACACACAGAAACAUGGAGUUAACAGUAACGGCGAUAGUUGCUGGAAUAACCUCAUUCCAGCGCUGUCUGCGCCCUCCAAGCCUGUGAACCCUGGGAUGUCGAAGUCAGAGCCAGCACAGUGUGUUGACCCAGAGAAAACAGAGAGCAGCUGCAAUGUUCACAGAGCGUAUUCCUGGAACACUGUGCAGAUGUCAGAGCAUCACCAUGGAGACUUUGUCCUCAUCUCCCCUAAUUGUUUGUCUGAACAGAGAGGAGGACAGGAGCAUGAAAAGACAAAGAGAGGUAUACCUCUUACAUUUAUCACGGAGAAACAUGUGGACUCACAAUACAGGAGCUUAAGCGGGUGGGGACAGCGGGGGUUUUCCUGCCCGGGGGUUAAUGUAAUGCUAGGGUUUGUGGGUGUGCUCUUAAUCUUUGUUCUGCCUCUAAACCUCAGUGUGAACAUUCUUCUGAUCAGGACUAUAGAGACUCUGCUGGAGUGGUGUAUUAAAUCUUUUAAAUCAGGUGUAGCAAACACAAGCAACACAUCCACCGCUCACAAUGAAACACUUGUAUAAAACCAGACAGGUAAGAAGCUAAAGUGGACGCUGACUGGAGGCUAUUUGCAACAGGAUCACCAGAUUAAUAUUGCAUGUGUGCAGACAGCAGGUCUACUUGUCAACACUGGCUUGAAUAGAGUAUGAAUAUACAUUUCUGAGCAGCUAUUCACAUGUGAGGAAUAAUGUGGAAACUGCUGAAAGCUGCUGAGGAGGCAGGUUGAGGCGUGCUUGGUAGUAAGACAUUAAAGCAGAGUGCAUCAGACGUCUGGAAAGCCUGUUUUUAUUGUUCAGAGUUUUAACAUCUGCAGCCAUUGGCCAUUGCACACUGGGUUUUAAAAUGAGCCUCUUCAGUGUAAAUAAGAAUAAUCUGGGGCCAAACAGUGUUUUGAAAGUAGUAAUAUGAAGUGUGCUGAUGUUGCAUCACAUAAAGCUUGCAUUAAGCAUUGUAUAUUAAAUACUGAAUGACUUUA